AUGCAUGGAGGAGGUGAGGGAGGAGGAGGGGCGGUGAGGAGGCUGAGGACGGGGGAUCCGAGAUGUUCAGGGAUCGUGUGUUAUGGAGGGAUAGUAUACCUGACGGGUCAGACGUCGGAUGAAGGGGAGGACAUCCGAUCGCAGACUAGGAGAGUCCUCGAGAAGAUCGACGCGUUGCUGGCAGAGGCCGGCAGCGAUAAGUCGAGGCUUCUGACCGCCAUGAUAUGGCUGAAGGACAUUCAGAGGGACUUCCAUGGGAUGAAUGCCGUGUGGAACGAUUGGGUAGAUGCUGAAAACAAGCCCACGAGGGCGUGUGUAGAGGGGAGGCUGGCGAGGGAGAAGCUGCUGGUGGAGAUUCAAGUUACAGCAGUGUCACCGCAAUCGGCUCGUUCAAGGCUCUGA